UUAGGCAACUCGCUAUUAUCAGUCCGGCAUUAUUUUACUUAUUAUAUAAUUGUUCUUUUGCUCUUAAGCUAAUUUAUAACAAAGUCCAUCUGGCUAUGGACGUAAAAAACACAAAAAGAGUUUUUCUUGGAUUUGAUAUGGGCGGUACGUUAGCUAAAUUGGUUUACGCAGAAAAAGACACUGUUUUUUGUAAAGAAAGCUUGGACAUUCUGAACUUUAUACUUUCUACUUCUCAUUAUGGAUCCUCAGGAAUACGCGAUUCUCAUUUGGAGGUUAGUAUUCCAGAACUAGGGAAGGUUUAUUUUAUCCGUUUUGCCAGUAAUAGGAUUUCAGGCGCAAUCGAUUUGAUUAAAAAGAAGAAUCUUCACAUUGGAAUUGAAAUUCUUUACGCUGUUGGUGGCGGCACUCAUAAGUAUAAAGCACUGUUUGAGAAAGAAUUGGGUGUAAAAAUUGUGCAUUUGGACGAACUUGGAUCUAUCGUGAAAGGCAUGGUAUAUUUAUUACAGCACGUCGAAGAUGAGUGCUAUACAAUUGAAAACGUCGCAAAUGAAGAUGGCUCCACAAUAAAAAUUAAUAAAAAUUUCGGGACGGAUAACGAUCUCUUCCCUUUUUUGGUUGUAAAUAUUGGGACGGGCGUAAGUAUAUUAAAAGUCACAAAAGCGAACGAUAUAGAAAGAAUUAGCGGGACGGCUUUAGGCGGCGGUACAUUUUUAGGUCUUUGUAGACUUCUGACAAACUCAAAAAAGUUUGAUGAAGCUUUGGAUUUAGCUGCAACAGGCGAUGCUAACAGCGUUAAUAUGCUUGUCAAAGAUAUUUAUAGCGGAGAAUGCAAAGGAUUGGGAAGCGAUAUUAAACAUUUUAAUCUUUCUGGUGAUUUGACCGCCAGUUUUUUUGCAAAAAAUAUAAUGAUAAGCAACCCCAACGAAAAUAUAAGAAAAAAAGUGUCAGACAGCGAUAUUUCAAGGGCGUUAUGUAUAAUGAUUGCUCAGAAUGUAACGCAAAUCGCUCUUUUAAAUGCAAAGCUCCAUAACGUUUUUAAAGUUUUUUUUACUGGAAAUUUUCUUAGACAUAAUCCCAUCGCUUCGAGAACGAUUGUUCAAAACAUGAGACGAUGGUCGGAGCUUGGUAAUCUUAACAUUGAAAUAUUAUUUUUCAGAAGAGAAGGUUAUCUUGGUGCCUUCGGAGCCUUAAUUCAAGGAAUUGAACGCUUGAAAUAA